UAAUCAUGGCGGAUCCGCUAAGCUUGCUCAGACAAUAUAAUGUUAAUAAAAAAGAAAUAAUUGAACGUGAAAAUCAAAUUAUUUUCGGUGAAUUCUCCUGGCCGAAAAAUGUUAAAACUAACUAUUUGACUUAUGGAUCUGGUAAAGAAGGAACACCAAAGGAAUAUUAUACUCUUGAGUGCCUUCUCUUUUUACUAAAACAUGUACAACUUACACAUCCUGUAUAUGUGCGACAAGCUGCUGCAGAGAACAUACCAGUUGUUCGACGACCAGAUAGAAAAGAUUUAUUGGCUUAUCUCAAUGGUGAAACUGCUACAUCAGCCGCCAUAGAUAAAUCUGCUCCUUUAGAAAUCCCUACUCAAGUUAAAAGAACAGCUGAAGAUGGAUUGGAAAGUGGUUCUUCUAAAAAACCUCGUUUUGAGGACACACAUGUUCAAAAAGUUAAGGAACAACUUGCUGCUAGACUGGAUGCCCCAAAAGAAGCUUCAGUCACAGUAGACAAUAUUAAAUCUCUCUCUGAGGCUAUGUCUGUAGAAAAAAUUGCAGCUAUUAAGGCUAAACGUUUAGCUAAAAAACGUACUACAAUUAAAGAAAAUGAUGAUAUUGGAAUGGGAUCUGAUUUACGUGUUAUAUUGAUGGAUGUUGAUGAUACAAAAGAUAUAGUUUCUAGGGAAAGACAAUGGAGAACACGUGCGACUAUUUUACAAAGUAGUGGAAAAAUAUUUGCAAAAAAUAUAUUUGCAAUUCUUCAGAGUAUCAAAGCUCGCGAAGAAGGUAGACAAAAAGGUCCCACUGCACCUACACCAAUGGUUACUCCACGCUCCACACCAAUGCGUCCUUUACCACAGCCAGCAGUUUACAAUCGUUAUGAUCAAGAAAGAUUUAUCAGACAAAAAGAGGAAACAGAAGGAUUCAAAAUCGAUACUAUGGGUACAUAUCAUGGUAUGACUCUAAAGUCUGUAACAGAAGGUACCAAUCCAGCAGUUAGAAAACCACCAAGUAAUCCUUCUGCAACUCCUAAUUCUGGUCUGCUGCCAACUUCCGCUGCUAAACUUACUCCACAACAAGCAGCGCAAAAUAAACGGCCUAGCAGAACUCCUAUUAUUAUCAUUCCAAGUGCAAACACAUCACUCAUCACAAUGUAUAAUGCAAAAGAUAUAUUACAAGAUCUAAAAUAUGUUAGUAAUGAAGAAAAACGUGCACAGGGCUGUAAACGAGAGAAUGAGGUCCUUUUGCAACGUAGAAAAGAAGGAGGACUCACUGUACCAUAUAGAGUAGUAGAUAAUCCACAAAAACUUACAAACGCAGAUUGGGAAAGAGUCGUCGCGGUAUUUGUAAUGGGUCCUGCUUGGCAAUUUAAAGGAUGGCCUUUUGAUGGCAACCCUGUUGAAAUUUUUUCAAAAAUUUGUGCAUUUCAUCUAAAAUACGAUGAAAUGAGAUUAGACGCAAAUGUAGCACGUUGGGCAGUAACAGUGAUUGAAUUAAGUAGGACAAAAAGACAUUUGGAUCGAGCAGCAUUAAUGGUAUUCUGGGAACAUCUUGAUAAACACAUGAUUAAAAACAAACCACAUCUUCGAUUUUAAGAGGAAUGCAAGUUAUCAUUGAUUUGGGUGCACAAUUUUCGUUGAAAGAUUAUAAAAUAAAACAUUGUAUAUACUAUUGAGCAAAUUAACAUGUAAUUCAAAAAAAUACGAAAAUUAAUAUGUAUCCUUAUUCGAAAAAUCUAAUUAUGAGAAUUUGGCAAUAAUUCUUGUUCUUCUAAAAUAAACUAGAGAUAUAUUCGAGAAACUGGAAUAUAUAACAAAAAUAGUUUAUAUGCGUAACAUUAUUAAUCUUUUGAUUCAAUAUUUUUACAAAAUAUUCUGAAUUGUAAGAUUAAUAUUCUUAUAUAACAUUCACAUAGAGGAACUUUAAUAUGAUAUCGAUUGCUCUAGCAUAAACUGAUGUGCCUAUUAUUAAGCAAAUAAGUAUUAUUCUUAAACAUAGAGCAUAAAAAAAAACAUAUUUGAUCUAUUCAUAACGUACAGAAUGAUUCUCUCGCAGUAGAUUCAAAAGUAGUUAUAUAAUAUUAAUGAUCAUUACAAAUAUAAUUAUCUUUAUUGUAAUAUCGUCAUGAUGAUAAUAGAACAGCAUCUUCAUCGAUAAAUUAUUAUAUCCAAAAAUGAAAUUAUUGUCGCAAUAUUAAGGCGGCAGCAUUGUAUUUAGAGUCUAUUAGUGAGAAAAUCAAAUGUAUAUAUGUACCAAAAAUGAAAUAACAUAAGAAAAAAAAAAAGAAAAGAAAAUGUUAUAUUCACGGUAUAUGCCGUAAUAUGUUUAUUAAAGAAUCAAAUAAAAAAAUGAUCCUUAUAUGGCAGUUGAA